AUGUGUGGAGAUGGAUUACUCGUUCUGGUGGACACAGAUUUGCGGCUUGGCAGACCAUUUUGCUCUCUCGCUGACCUGAAGGCUACAGUGAUGCUUGAGGUUCAAGACAAGCACUUCACCUCCAGGUCCAACUUUGGGCGUGGAGGCUUUUUUGCCAGAUCACCGGAGCUGCUGGAAAAGGAGCUAGAAGAUGACGUUCGAGAUCGACUCAGCGGGCUCCUUUCAGGAAGGGCGGCUGAUCGGCCUCCACCCAACACCUGCAGCACAAUUCAAGCGGCGGAAGCCUCUUUACAGAGCUGUGCAGAGAAAGCCGUCUGCCUUUUAUUUGGCAUGGGCUUGUCUGGAAGGCCACUGUUUGUGCCGCCACAGAAGCUAACGCCCCAAUGGCUGGCAGCAAUGGCUAUUUCUUCCCAACCAAGCAUCGAAUGCUUAUGCGAUGGGGAGGAUCUGCCGUGGCUUGGCGCGGGAGCUGUCCUGGUUCUGGUGGCUGACAAUGCAGCUAACAAAGGUUGGGCCGAACGAUCCGCAGUGGCAGCCGCGUGCUUGAGAGCAGCCACGAUGGCCCAUGCUCUCCAGCCAUGUCCCAUACUCUGGGCUUGCUGCAAAGCCUCGGAUGUUGAGCUAUCCAGCUGUCCACUCAUGGAGCGUUGGCGGCAUCUUUUGAAGGUGGAGGUGUGGCAAGUGUCCUCCCCUCGAGCUUUGCGAGCUUUGACUGGUCGUGCCGCGGCACUGGCUUCAUUGACGGCAAGGGGCCUCCCCAUUCUCAUGCUGCGCAAGGGCAAUCUUUGCAACAUCGAGGCGUUGACAGCCCCUCGAUCGAUGUCCUCUAGGCUUCCAUGGUCUGCGUUGCUGUGCCAAGUCGUCGCCUUCAGCAGAGAUGCCGAGAUGCUGGGAAGAUGCCGUGUAGUUGCUUCAUCCUGGCGCAAGGCACUCUCAACAUUGGCAGGACGCCGUGCAGACAGAUUGGAGAAGUCUAUAGUUCGCUUUGGUCAGAACGUCUCGCCCCUCAAGCGCUGGUGGUUCUGGCAGUAUCUUUUGCAGCGACACAGGGCAAGGAGGCAAGUGACAAGGGCGUCAGGAACAGAGAUCUAUGAAAAGAUGCUUCGGCAGGGAAUGGAGCAGCCCCAAUUUGCAGAAGCCCGGGCAGUGAUUGCUGCAGAUGUUCCGAGGACAUUGCAUUCCUGCGAUGCUCCUCCUUCUCUCUGGCCAGAGAAUGCUGAGACAUCUCUUCCACUGGAGGAGCGUGCGGAAGCAUUGUCUCGAAUCUUGACAGCUUUAGCAGCAGCUUGUCCGUCAGUAGGAUACUGCCAAGGAUUGGAUAUGGCUUGUGCUUUUGCUUUGUCAGUGGCAGAAGAAACUGUGAUGUUGGAUGGGUUAGACUUGGAAACUGCAGUGUUUGAAUUCCUUCAAGCUCUUCUGGAUCUUGGUGUGCGAGACUGGUUUGAACCACCCCUUCUGGGUCUGAGAGCGGCGACCGUUGCUUUCUGGAAGUUACUGCAGAGUGACCUGCCCCUUUUGUCACAACACUUGGCAAGCGAGUGCGUUGGUUGUGAACUCCUCGUUCUGCCAUGGCUGCAGACAUUGUUUUGUGGGGUGCGCUGGAUGCCUCGGGAUUUGCUUAGUCGAAUUUGGGAGGCGUGGCUAUUGGAUGGCACGCCGAAGGCACUUUUUCGAGCAGCCCUCAUGCUUUUCCAGCAAUCAGCUGACUCGCUUGGCCGAUCGUGUUUGGAGGACAUCUCUCGUCAUCUCAAGGAAUGCCCGCCCUGCCUCACCUGCAACCCUGCAGCUUUCCUCGAGCUUGCCUGGCACACCAAAGUGACCAGCAGGGAGUUGAAGUCACUUCUGGCAGAGGGCAGAGCCGCUUGCGAAAGAAUUUCCAUGCUGCUCUUGCUUUUGGAGGCAACUGACACGAUAUGGGAAGCCGAUGUGCCCUGA